CGCACUACUCAGUACUUCUCGUGACAAAAAAGAUUACUCCGGCGUCCGCACCCAAUCUGCCUAGAGAGGUCUUUCUAAAGCUUUCAGAAUAGAUAGUCGAUUCUUAGUUAAAAAACAAAAAUGGUUAAAUCUCGCUUGACAAUUGAGGUUAGCUACAAAUCAACGUCACGGAGUUAUGGCUCAUGAAUCGGUCGUCUCCGAUGACAGUCGAUCUUGAUGGGCCAGGGAUCAUGGACAGUCGGGAUUAUGUAACCACGACGCAACCAGCGCACAAUCACUACCCAGGUGACCCGAACAUGGUAGGCGCAGCUCCUAGAGACGAGAAGAAGGGGAUAGCGGACAAAGUGAAGGGGCUUUUGGGAGGACACGGCCACAAGACGUCGGACGCUCAUGCGAAUCACCAGCCUGGAGUGUAUGGCGAUGCAACAGCCUCGACGGGAACUGCCCAGUCUACACAAGUGGGGUGCCUGGACAAGCUCAAGGCUAAAACAGGCGUUGGCCAUGGACUCGCGCCCGAGCAGACUCGAGCCAACCGUGCAGCGACAGGCCACGCCAUGGAUCCUGUUGGCACGGGAUAUAGUCACGCCGACACGCCUUAUAGCCCGGAUCACAAUGGCGGGAUGAACAUCAAUUCCAGUGCGGCUGUGCACGGCGGAUGGCCAUAUCCCACAAACCCAAAUCAGGUCGGAAGCGGGUUCGGUGAACUUUCCACCAACCCAAAUCAGGUUGGAAGCGGGUACGGCGGACCGCAUCCCACGAAUCCGACCGGGGUUACGAACCCCGAGGGAGGAGCUGUGAUUACGGAUCACCACGGGAAUGUACAUGAAGGUCCCCGCGAUGACAGUGAGAAGAAGGAAGGGUUUGUGUCGAAGAUCAUGGACAAGCUGCACCCUCCGCGAGGAAAGCAUGCCAACACCCCGACCACCACUCCCCCAACCACAUACUAGACGCUUGUGCAUGCCGCGGCAACGAUAGUUGCUGUCAUCAUCUAUGGUGCGUGAAGAAUUCCUUGGUAAUGUUUUGCUUCUCUUGCUUCUCGGUUCAAUUUUUGAUGGCAGACAACUCUCGAAUGACUUGAGUUUCUCCACUAGAUUAUACAGAAUUGACACAGUGUUCGAUAUUUAAGCUCGUUCAAGCAGCGUUUGUAGUGAUUUAUAGUUUGGGUUGCACGCCUGGAUGAUACGUCACAGGUUAUAGGAGUUCCUUAUGCAGUCACAUCACUACUGGGUGACCAUGAGAGGUGCCACCAUAUCGAAUACGGGCAUUUGUACUGUUGUUUUAGUACAUAGUUUUCUGCAGUGAGGGCUUAAACUUCCCAUUCCAUAUCGCACCGCAGGUUGUAACGGCAGCACAAAUAGGCAUCAGUGGCAGAUUAGAUAGAUGGCUGAUACAGAUCUUCUUUGGAACGAUGAAACUGCUUUGGAAUUGCUAAGACUGGGGUAUUAGAGGAUCGUUAUCAUCUGUUAGAGUUCCCCUUCGAUGCAUAAUUCAUCGAACCUGGUGGUCACCACGCAUUCCCGUCGAUGAGAGGUACCUCGGAGCGAUCAGUGUAGUGGUGCGUCGUGUGGUAGAUAUUUCUGAGCAGGUAUUGCGUUUCUUAUUGUAAAUUCGUACCCAUUUGUAUGCAGUUCGUAGAUGUGAAUACCUGUA